AUGGCGGAAAAGAGUUUCUCUGAUACAGACCGAGUCUCUGGUCAAUCAAUAACGGAGCUAAAUAAUGCUUUAAAAGAUCAGUUUCUCGGCGGCGAAGGUUUUGCUUCGAUGGACGGAAUCUCAGCCAAAAUAUUCCCGUCAGUUUUUGCAGCUAUUCAAAACUGCUUACAAAAACCUUUGCAGAAACACCCACGAUAUACUGACGUCAAAUUUGUAUGGUCAGGGAGUACUUCUGAAGGUGUGAAUAUCCCCAACAUGUCCAGAGGGGCUGGUGGAAAGGUGGAAAUGGAACUGGAAAUGGAUAUUUUAUGCGUGUUUCGAGGUAUUGAAGUUGGAACAACUGCAAGCAGUCCCAUUGUAAUGGUGGAACAGGAGGGGACAACAAAGGGUUACUUUCUGUUGUAUGUUAACAGUCCAGAUUACAGACAAAAGUGGGGACAUUUCUGUACCAUCCCAAGCUCGCCAAAACGGAUAGGGGAAAUGUAUUUAAAUCCUCUGCUCGUUGUGGAAGAUAUGUAUAAACAGAUAGAACAUAUAUUCGGACAGAUUCCACUUUUAAAGGACCAAUUUAAGCUUGAGUUUAACCCCCCGGCUGUGACGUUACGUCUGGGGGGCUUUGAUAAUGUUGUGGUCAGCUGUGAUUUGGUUGUAGCUCUAGAACUUCCUCUAACAAAACUGCCCAAAGGAUUUUUUCCUUGGCUUCAAGAUCAACCAAAAUGGCUUGCAGAGGACGCAAUGCAACAUUUCAGGAACGAUAAUUUGCAUCUUGUAGGGAAAUGUUCGUCAAGGGGUCAAGAAAGAGUUGAAUGGAGACUGUCUUAUAAUAGACUGGAACUUGGUCUUCUGCGAGAAAUUCAAUCAAAAAUACCUUUUGCAAUCACGUGCUACAGGAUUUUUAAAAGCAUACGCUAUUGGCACUUAAACCAUCCAGGCAUCCUCCAUUCUUACUAUUUGAAGAUGAUAUUCCUUCGCGCAUGUCACAACUACCCAGUAUCCUCGUGGGCAGAGGGUCAGAUGGCGCCCAACAUCCUGGGUCUUUUAGACGACUUGUUUCACUGUCUGGCGACACAUCACCUCCCCAGCUACUUCUUUCCUGGCUGUAACCUGAUUGAAGGAGUUCAUCCCGAUUUCAUCUUUACGUCGUUACAGACGCUCAGUAAAAUACGCAGAGAUCCUAUGCAGCACAUUAUCAAAUUAUCUCGAUAA